UUUUUGUGCCAGGCGGUGUGUGUGCGGGUGAACAUUUAGGAGCAGCAUUUGAUUUCAGUGGACCUGCCUCCCAACAAGCCUCCCUAUCUCUACGGACAAGCCAUCUGUUUGCCCAGUGCAUGGUGUUCUGUUCUUAGAGAGGGGGAGGAGGAGGAGGAGGAGGAGGAAGAGGAGGAGGAGGAGUGUAGGGACUGAGCAAAUGGGCGGGGGUGAAGGAAUGGCAAGAGCGUGGAGUAGCUGGAGGAAGGGUGAGCUGGGGUGUAGGAGAGAGGAGAGAAGUGGGGACGGGUGUUUGUUGCACCUCGCUAACGCUCAAGGGGGUGUUGAGUGUAUGAGUAGCAGGCAGAUAAUAUUAUUAAUACUGUAGAUCAACCUAACUGCUCGUUUUGUGUCCCAUAAGGCAGCUUGUAGCAGCCAGAAACUGUCAACUGUUUACUUUUUCCAUGUUUGCUUUCUAAUCUCAAAUAAUUAUUACCUUGUUUCACUUCCUUUUUUUUUUUUUUUUUUUACUUAACUUUCUGUUUUUAUGUCUUUUUUUCUCUUUGUGUUUCUUACAUGUAUAAAAAAAAGGGGGGGGACAAAAAGCUUGUCUUCACAGCUUGUAUCAUCUUCCUGCCUCUUGCAUGCCCAGACAACAUUCCAUACAGACUGUAUAAAUGUGUGCGAGUGACAUAACGGCAUGUUUUGUGCUUACAGGAGGGCACAAAAGACAAAGAAGACAUGAAAGAAUAUAGCACAGCUUUGGAAGGUGACCAGUCUCCUGUCGAGAGGGAUCAGAUGGGCGAGGGGAGCUGUGCUGGUGGCUUGACUGUGCCUGCGUCAGUAUCCAUGGCUGGCAGAGGGACUAAAGGGCCGCUGGUGCUGGGUGAAGAGGCUGGAUCAGGGGAACGAGUCCUGCCAGAGCACGGUGCCUGGCCCUCACAGGGGUUCGCCUGCUCCCUGUGCAAACGGCUGUUCAGCAGCCUGGAGCAUCUCAGGGAACACGAAUACCGCCACACCCUGUCUCUGAUGGCCUUGUCCCUGGACUGGCCGAGCAUGCAAGGUCCGCACCACCGACCCACCCAGCCCCAUCACCACCCUCAGUCCCAGCCUCUCCACUUCCACCAGUCUCUCUACCGCCCUGCAGUGGCCGAGCCUACGCCGGCGCGCUACCUCUGCUCCCAGUGCCCUGCCAGCUUCACCCUCAAAUCUAACGCAGACCGACACGAGAAGACCAUCCACUUCAAGAAGAAGCUGAUGCAGUGUGUAUACUGUCUGAAACACUUCAGAGACCGCACAGAUCUGCACAGGCACCUGUCAUCCGUGCACUCCAAAGAGAGAGGGCACACCUGCCCAGCCUGUGCCAAGGCUUUUAGCACCCAGAAAAACCUGGCGACACAUGUUAAAGUGUGCUGCCAGGUGGGGCCAGUGCCAGGAGCUGUGCUGGGAGGCAGCACUGGGAUGGAAAUGUCUCAGGGUGGGGUUAUUGACCCCCUGUGGCGGCUAACUCAACAGAUGAAAGUUGACAAUCAUAGUCGCAGUAUCAAUGUGGAAAACUGAGUGGAUCUGCAGGCUGUAUGCUACACACAUUCCUACCCAUCCCUGAGCAGUGUAUCCUCACGUGUGUUUUACAUUCAUGCCAAAAAUGCUCUGUGGUGUCGUUGCGUUGCACUGACAAGGAUAGAAUUCCUUUUAAAUCAAAUGUCUGUUGACAUGACUAUAAAUACCUGGGGACACCUCUUUUUUUUUUUUUUUUUUUUUACAGCUUGUUAAAUUUUAUGUCUUUUUUUUUAUUUUAAGGAUGAAUAAUACAAACUUAUGUGUCAAAAAUGCACAAUUUCUAUGCAAAAUGGAUUUGUUUAAACAAACUUUGGACUUAGGACCAAAACUAAGUUUUGGUGAGCACUGACUCAGCCCCUAAACAGGUAAAUUAGUUUCCACUGCGGUGCUGGGUGGGCAGACAGGGGUGUCUUUCCACCUCUCAGGCCUAAACCACUUGUCUGGCUCUCUGUCGCCAGUCACCAGUCUGACUAAACUCUUCUCUCCUUUUUAGGCAGAGAGAUCUUUAUCAUUGUGUCCACCCCUGCAUUACGGACACAAAGACAUUCAGACGCAGUUUAUAUCUGCCAGGGACUCACAGGCCACACAACCACACCACCUGCAGGAACUUUGUAGCAUUGCAAGCAUGGGAACGGAAUAAAUGCCCAUAUCAGAUUGUGACUGUUGCCAGUGGUAGAGCGCCUCAACAAAUAUUAAGGAAUGCCAUAAAAGAACUUAAAUGGAAAAUAAAAUUUAUUUGUGAUUUAUUUUCUUUGCUCUAUAAGUCAAAGAGGAUAAACAGAACUAAGGAAUUCUACACUAGAUCCACCUCCACUGGACGCGCAGACGCUUGUCCUCACUCCUUCAGCCUGACAUGACCACCUUCAAUCAGUGUUGUGAGAUCAGUGCAGAUGGCGGGGAUGUGCUGAAUGAGACAAAGCCAGCUAAAACAAUAGACCAGCAGCAGCGAGGAUGGGGGUUGGGUGGUGUCAUUUUCUCUUUCUCUGUCCAUGUCCCAGAUCUGUAAGUCUUGUAGUGGCUGAGUGUGGCUGAAGCUGGACAGUAAUUGGCCCUUCACGGCUCCGGACCCCUUAACCCCUGACCCCUCAUCUGAAGAGGAAGUGGGGAACUAGGGCCAGAUGCCCUUUAAACCAGAUGAGCUUAGUGAUGUCAUGGCUGCGGACGGAUAAUGUGUGGAUGUGAGCACGAGGUAGAAAAUGGGGGGGGGAUGCAGGAGAAUAAUAAUGCAGGUGGUGAGGACCGAGUGGGGUGGAGGUGGAUGAUGUCGACAAGUGGGUGCAGGGAUGCAGGAUUUUGGAAUCAGUGUGAAGACUGGCCUGAAAAUGGUUGCUAAUGCAAAUUCACACCAAUUUCUGCCAAAAUUUUCUUCUUUUGAGUUUACAGCAGGCCUUUACCCUGCAACAAGAUAUUGUCUUGAUACAGCUCAUUAACGGAGGUUUAUAGUGAGCACCCAUACUGUGAAUACCUAAAGGGAAGACAUCUACCUGUGUUUACCUGUAAAAUUCACUUCAGCACAUCGAGAAUACACACACACAUAUAUAUAUAGGAACUCCCAAAUGCCAAAUCCUUUCUGCUACAAAAUCCCAUUUUUCAGGUUGCACUUUCUGUCCUAGCCAGCAGCUGAAACAGACUGGCAGGCUCAGAGAAGUCAGGAACUAAUCAGGAACUCUGCAGAGCCAGUCUUUGAGGAGAAACAAAAUACUGUACAGCCAUUGUGUGGUAUUUAUGUGUUUGAGUAAGUAAGUGUCGCUGUAAAUAUCGUAACAUAUUUCACUCUAGAUUUUCUCAUGGAAACCCAUGUACUGUACAAAAAUCUGUACUUUUUUUUUUAAAAAAACACAGAAUGAGAUUCUGCUUGUAGAUUUUAUGCUGUAAAUUAAACUACGAUGGAAAACGUGAAAA